AACUUGUGGUGAUGUGGUACAACAUGCCCAUCCCAUGCCCUGAUUCGUUUGUCCUCUCCCAACAUUCUCUCUCUUUUCCAUCUUCUCCAUCUCCUCCUCUUCAUCCUCUUCUUCAUCUCGAAUCUCUUAUCCAAUGUUCAAGUGACUGCAGAACAACCCUUCAAAAUCGUAUCUUGUACGUUAUCUGCCACAUCAUCCAGAGAAUCAAACGGACACCAGAGAUCAUUCCCUUCUCAGCCUUCCUCCUUGGAAUUUGACCAACGUUAUGACACAUAUCGUAAAGUUCUUUCUCUGGGGUGGACCACUUGUAAGCUUAACUAAUCAACUAGGAAUUCUGGUCUUUUUAUGUUGCUAAUAACCUCAGUUGCUGUUUAUUCUAACAGCUAUUGCGGGGUAAGUCACUAUCUACAUCCACCAAUCUUUAUAGAAACAGUUUAUAUCAAAGAGAGAAAACAUGUAUGAGCGUUAUAGGCUGACUUGACAAAAGAUAUUCGUAUUCCCAAAUUCGCUACCUCCAUCUACCAAUCUCUCAAGCUCUCGCCCUCUUCACCCUUGUCCUCCCAAUCAUCACCGGCAUUUCCAUGCAAGGCGUGUAUGGCCUAAUUCAACGAGCCUCUAAGACCGAGCAAUACCAACUUACCAUCCCCCUCGUAGCCGUCAUAUGCUUCCAGCUCAUAUAUGAAACGGUGGUUGCGACUUUGGCCUUGACAUAUAUGAUUCCGCCCUCGACACUACAAUGCGGCCUCGAGGAGAGAUGGAGGUCCCUAUUUGUGGCCAAGGACGAGUCUACUAUCAAGAAGAUACAAGAUUCGUUUAAUUGCUGCGGGUUCAACUCUGUAAAGGACCGAGCGUUUCCUUUCGGUGAACCUUCACGAUGCUCAGAGAUAUUCAAAAGAACAGUCCAUUGCUCUGGACCUAUGAGGAAGUCACAGCAAAUCCAGGCUAGCUUGCUCUUGCUUGUGGCUGUAAUGGUUUUUGUGAUCAAGGUAUGGAUUGGUCUUUCCUACACAUCGUUGUUUUGCAUUUGUCUUCUCUAGACCUUUUGCUUCAUAGCCUCUAUGACUGUCAGCAUAAAAAAUCAGCUACUUUUUCUUUCCGGGGAGCGAAUAAGGAUGAUUGAAGCAUAUUAUUACAUCACAUUUAUCUCAGUAUCUAUCUCAAAGCCUACACAGUACAACCAAGUUAACCAAACCCUCCACAGCUCAUCUCAAUCGUCUCCCUCUUCUCCGCAACCGAGUGGACCAACGCGAAAUGGAUUCGACCCAUCAAGCGCCUCGCAAACCCCUCUAGCAACGAUAGAUCAGAUCGCCGGGUGACGACGAGACGUCUCCUUGAAGACAAUGCUUCAGGUGAGCCGUAUCGUGAUAAUCCAGAAGAGGUCGGGUCUCCCUCUGUGACAGGGAAUGUAGAUCCAGGUGCAAGAGUCCAACCUUCUGCGUUGGGAGGACAUCAUGAGUGGCGUGAUGAAGAACGUGGAUAAUGUCGAUGCAGAGCGUUGAGCGUUACCUAAAAUUUCACGGAAGUAAAUUGAGAUAUCGGUAUAUGUGGUAGUAAGUAUGUUGACUUACGAGACACUUGAAGCGAGGAUAAAAUACGGAUUUUCUUUCCACCAACAAAGUUGCAAGUGCUUUUGGAAAGCGGGAUCUUUUGUGUAUAAUAAACAGGAUAGGAGGAGCCAAUUUUGGAUACCAAAUCUUCUGCAAUCGUUGAC